UGGUCAAUGUUCAACUUCGGACUCCAACGUGAGAAUUGGCAACAUCUCGUGCCAAGAUUCCCCAAUGAACACACUCGCAUGACGAUACAAAAGGUUCCUACAGUGACAUAAGCACUUCACAGCGGAAGGCAGUGUCUGUAGUCAAAUGCAAGUGCUCUCUCUUUCUCCUAUCCCACCUCAGUAAAUAAAUGCAUGAAGAAGAAACUAAACACCAAUCUUGAAAUUCCACUUCUGUCUCUGCACAAACAUCAUGCCUAGCUGUUUCUUCGAUCCGGAGAUUCUGGGAACAUUUAAAUUGCUUCUUGCAUGUGCAUGUGGUUAUAAAUUCAUAAAGAGGAGAGACAAAGAAACGACAUUUAAGCCCACCAAGACAUGAUUUGAUUUCUCCAACCAUUGCCUCCCCCUAGGCUGAUCAAGCGCAAACAACCCUCCUUUCUGUUCCCCUCGCCUCGGAGUUCGUAGCGUUGCAGUUUUAAUUGCUGCUUGUUCUAAUGCCUGUAAAUCCAUGGACUCUCUUCACCUCCCUAUGCUUCUUCUCUUUUCUGCUUCUUGUCAUGCCUUUCCUUCGCUUGGCCUCUGCCGUCAACUCCCAAGGCCAAGCCCUUCUCUCAUGGAAGACUAGCCUAAACGGAUCGCUUGAGGCAUUGAGCGAUUGGAACUGGGCCGACGAAAUUCCAUGCCGGUGGUUCGGAGUCACUUGCAACUCCAAUGAUGAGGUCGUUGAGUUGAGCCUGAGAUAUGUCGAUUUGCUCGGGUACGUCCCCAACAAUCUGAGCUCGCUGCAUUCUUUGCAGAAGCUCGUCCUGUCGGGGACAAACCUCACUGGAUCGAUCCCGAAAGAGAUUGGCUCGCUCCCCGAGUUGACGUACUUGGACUUGAGUGGCAAUGCCCUGAUGGGGGAGAUCCCGAGCGAGCUCUGCGGCUUGCCCAAGCUCGAGCAACUCUACUUGAACUCGAACCGGUUCGAAGGCUCGAUACCUGCCCUGAUAGGGAACCUCACAAGCUUGAUGUCGCUGAUGCUAUACGACAAUCAACUCAGUGGCAAAAUACCGACCGGGAUAGGGAAGCUUAGCAACCUCGAAGUUGUGAGGGCCGGCGGGAACAAGAACCUCAGAGGGCCAUUGCCCCAAGAAAUCGGCAAUUGCACCAACCUGGUCAUGUUAGGCCUGGCUGUGACCAGCAUCUCCGGGUUCCUCCCCUCGAGCCUCGGCGAGCUCAAGAAGCUCGAGACCCUUGCCAUAUACGCCUCGCUCCUAUCGGGCCCAAUCCCACCUGAGCUUGCCCGGUGCACCAAUCUGCAAAACAUCUACUUGUACAAGACUUCGCUGUCGGGAUUGAUCCCGAGUCAGCUGGGGAACCUGCAGAACCUGCAGAGCCUGCUGCUGUGGCAGAACGAAUUGGUGGGCGUCAUCCCGCCCGAGAUUGGCAAUUGUGAGAGCCUGGUCUUGAUCGACAUAUCGAUGAAUUCGCUCACCGGAAGCAUCCCCGCGAGCGUUGGGAACCUGACCAACCUCGAGUUGCUGCAGCUCAGCGUCAACGAGAUCUCGGGCCAGAUCCCAAGGCAGCUCGGCAACUGUCGCGAGAUGACCCACAUCGAGCUCGACAACAAUCAAAUCACAGGCACGAUCCCUUCCGAGCUGGGCAAUCUAACGAACCUGACGCUGCUGUUCCUGUGGCAGAACAAGCUCCAGGGCAUGAUCCCACCGUCCAUUUCCAACUGUCAAAACCUGGAGGCCCUGGAUUUGUCCCAGAAUGGCCUGACCGGUCCCAUCCCCAAGGGAAUAUUCCAAUUGAAGAAGCUCAACAAGCUCUUGCUCUUGUCCAACAACAUCUCCGGCGAAAUCCCGCCAGAGAUCGGGCAAUGCGGGUUGCUAACCCGGUUCAGAGCGAGCAACAACCAGCUGACCGGGUCGGUCCCCUCUCAGAUAGGGAACUUGAGCAGCUUGAAUUUCUUCGACCUCGGGUUGAACCGGAUCACCGGUUCAAUCCCCGACGAGAUUUCCGGCUGCCGGAACCUGACGUUCUUGGAUUUGCACUCGAAUUCAAUUUCAGGGAAUUUGCCAAGCAGCUUGAAUCGGCUGGCUUCGUUGCAAUUCAUCGACUUCUCUGACAACUUGAUCGAAGGUCCACUCAGUCCGAAUCUCGGGUCGCUGACCUCGCUCUCCAAGCUUGUCCUUGCGAAGAACCAGGUCUCCGGUCCAAUCCCGACCCAACUUGUUUCGUGCGCGAAGCUCCAGUUGCUCGACCUCAGCAGCAACCAGCUCACAGGGAAUAUCCCGGCGAGCCUCGGCAGGAUCCCGGCGCUGGAGAUCGCAUUGAACCUGAGCUGCAACCAGCUCUCUGGCGAUGUCCCGGCGGAAUUCGCCGACCUCGACCGGCUUAACGUGUUGGACAUCUCCUACAACCAGCUCUCCGGGGACCUCCGGUUCAUCGCCGACAUGCAAAACCUCGUGACUCUCAACAUCUCCCAUAACAACUUCUCCGGGCGCAUGCCGGACACGCCCUUCUUCGCGAAGCUCCCCUUGAGCGUCCUCUCAGGGAACCCCUCUCUCUGCUUCUCGGGAAAUGACGGUUGUGACUCCGGCGGGCGCGGUGGCUCCAGGCACGUCUCCGGGGUGCACGUGGCGAUGGUGGUCCUGCUUUGCGCAGCGGGCGCUUUACUCCUCGCAGCGCUCUACAUCAUCCUAGGACCGAAGAGGAGGGGCCUAAUGGGCUUCCAUGGCGGGCCCAACGAGGAGACUAUUAUGUGUAGGGGUGAUCGGUUCCAGGGUGGGUCGAUUUCCGUCCUAGAACUUGGAACUGGACCAGGUAAGGUAUGUUCUCGGUUUGAGGAACUAGAAACCGGACCGAAGCGGAAUUAA